AUGUUACCUAGAACAGUGAUGGAAUGGACAAAGCAGCAUGACAAGGCUCUUCUGGGUGAAAUGACAAUCAGUGAUCUUUUUCAGUACAAGAAGGGCACUCCAGAAAGGGGUCAAUUAUGGGAUUCUAUUGCUGGUAAUUUAAAUGCAAUGGAUUACCCAAAGUUUAAAGUUGCAAAACGGUCAUGUCGCGAUCGUUGGACACUGUUACGCACAAAGUAUAAAAGAAGGAUGUCAGAAGAAAUCCAAGCAACUGGAAUAGAUGCUGAGGUUGGAGAACUUGAUGAGAUCAUUGAAGAUCUUAUUGGAAAAGAAGAUGCUGCUAUUGACAGUGAUAAAGAAGGAAAGAAGAAAGCUGAAGCUGAUAAAAAGGCAGCAGAAGAAAUACGGAUUAAGGCUAUGGAACGGUUUGGAAACACCAGAAAAAGAGGUGGAGAGGAUGGAGAGGAAGGAGCCAAAAAUAAAAAAAAGGAGAAGUGGCAGUGA